CUAUUUCUAUUUUCUUAAAUCUACUGACAACUAAUCCAGUAUACGUAUAGUAGGCCUCCUUCGCCACUCCACUAGUGGCUCGGCUUCGUCCUAGAAGCUACUGCUUCCGCCUCUCUAGGCUUCGCUAUCGCUCAUGACUUGUAUUGUAGUCAUAGUCUUGUAGUCGGCCCGGAAUGCCUCUGUAGUCUUUCUAAUGCUAAUGCCUUCUUCCUUGCCGCCAACGUACGCUACUAGGAGGGUAAGCAAGCUACCUACAGCUCUUCAAAUCCUAUUCAGUCUGAUUAGAUAUGUCACUGAAACAAUCCGUUCUGCCUCUGUUUUCUUUUCGGAUUCCGAGGAUGAGCCGGCCGAUCCUAACAAGGAGCCGGACGACGAAGCCUCCUCCUCAGAUAAAGAUGUCUCCGACGCGGCAAGAACAACUUUUUCUAUUGUUCUUUUUUUGGGUCAGGAGAGACAAAAGAGAGAUGCUUUCUAUCAGUAAAAAAAAAGCGGAUACUGCCCUCCUCCCAUGCUCCCACGGUCCGCUUACCAAGGAAUAGAAAGGGAGGACCCGGGGCCAGAGCAAGUUGGGUUGGGGUAUAGAGCCGUAAGCGCAGUGGUAGACGCAGUUGCCUUCGAUUGGAGGCCGAGGCUCCGGUGCCGAUUUAGGGUUUUGCAAGUAAUCUUUGUAGAGCCUGCGUGGCGGGUACGCGGCUGUUGCCAUCACUAGUCGGCCAAGCGACGACAGAUUUGAAAUAGAACAAACGGGCUCGAAAGGGAUGGUUAUAUUCCGGGCCUGAUUGAAAGCCUGUGGGCCCAAAUUUGAACUGGACCCGAACGGGGUAAUUCUGCAAACCAAACAGGGACAAAGAUGUCCGGUUAAAAAAGGAGAGGCAGAGUUUUCAGUCAACGUAAAAGCCAAAAGGAUCGUUAAAACGGUUAAAUAUAAAAGGAAAAAGAAGGGGCCCACUCUAAUUUUAGCUUUUAGCUUUUUCAGAUUUUCUUUUUGAAGCCAAUUUUGAAGGUUAAAUCCUUGAAACUAUUUUACUUCCAAUAAACAAUUUUUUUCUGAAUUAAACUUUCUUUUUAAUUUAUAUGUUAUCGUCAGCAGGUGAUUUUCUUUGAUCAGAUUUCUGAACUCUUCAGCAUUUGAAAAUGAUGGAGGCAUCAGCACCUAGCACAGAGCCUCCUGCAGGUGAUGUAGAACUUGUACCAGAGAAGAUCAAAGAUGUGAAAGAGGGGGGUCCUGCAUUUCACUGUGACCUUUGUGAUGUAGAACUAGUUUUCAAGAUAGCUCAAGCGCUCCUCCCAGGAUUAGCUACAGCUUGUGUGGACAAUACAACAGGUGGUAUUUUCAGGUCCCCUGGUUCAGUAGCUGCUGAUAUUAGAAAAGAGAUGGUGGAGUAUCUAACGCAAAGAAGUGAAACUUAUGUGGCUGAAUCUGUUGUCUUGGAUGGUGGUCCAGAGGCUGAAGCAUCUAACCAUCCUUAUGAUAUCAUUGCUUCUCUUGUUGAUGACUUUGCAAGUUCAAAGAGGAAUUUUUUUAGUCGAGUUUCAGGAUGGCUACUAAGUGAGAGGAGAGAAGACAAGAUAGAUGAUUUUGCACAAGAAAUGGAAAUUAAUGGGUUUUGGUUGAUGGACAAGAGAGAAGUAAUUGUACAAACUUUGGUGAAGAAUAUCGACUUCAAGAAUGAAUUUCACUGUGACAUGAAAUUUAACUCAGCAGAUGAACUUGCUCUGCAUGUGCCAACUUGCAGCUAUAGAUCAAUGAACUGUGAAAAUGAGGGGUGUGAUGCUAUAUUUUCAGUUAAUCAAAUAGAGAAGCAUGAUUCAGUUUGCCCUUUCAAGAUAAUUCCUUGUGAACAAAAGUGCUCAGAUAGCAUCAUGAGACGUGAGAUGGACAGACACUGCAUUACUGUCUGUCCGAUGAAGCUUGUGAACUGUCCUUUCUAUUCAGUGGGUUGCAAAUCGGCCAUACCUCAAUGUAGUAUUGAAGAACAUCGUUCUGAAAACCUCCAUUCUCACAUGCUAUAUAUUCUUCAAGGCAUACACAAGGAAGCAUCUGUGGAGAUUCUAAGAGAACGGGUGGAGCAACUUGAAAAGGCAUCCUCUCGUAAUCUAGCAGACAUCCGAGAUGUGAGAUCUCUGACAUUCAGAGUCAAGGAUCUUGAUGCACAGCUUGGGCCCUUGGAAGUUUGUGCAACAAACAAAGUUGAUGAAGAAGCCACAAAGACCACACCAGAUCUUGAAUCUCGGGAAGUUAGUGAUACAAACAAUGAUACUGAAAAAGCUGCAGAAACUGAAGUCAUAAAUUCUGAAGCAGAGACUCCAUUGGAAGUUACUCCAACAAGCACAGACAGUGAAGAAGCUUCAAAAACUGAAAUCAAAGAUUCUGAAGCAAAGCUGCAGUCAUUAGAAGUUGCACCAUUAAACAAAGAUAGUGAAGAAUCUUCAAAAACUGAAGUUAAGGAAGCUGAAGCAAAGCUGCAGCCAUUAGAAGAUGCUACAACAAGCAAAGAAAUUGAAGAAGCUCCAGAAAGGACAGUCAAUCAUUCUGAAGCAAUGCCUUCAUCAUUAGAAGUUACUCCAACUGACAAAGUUAAUGAAGCAUCAACAGAGAAUUCAAUCAAGGAUUCGGAAGUUAGCACAACGAACAAAACUAGUGAAGGUGGUAAAGGGACUUCAAACCAUUUUCCUAACAAAGUUGAAAGCUAAUGUCCGACUCGUUGGCUAAGAUGACAUGAAGAAAUCUUCUGCCUCUCCAAUAUAUUACUGCAUGUGGAUUUUUCCUUAUAUUCUUUCCCUUUGUUGAAUUUUGGGGGUUAUAUUCUAUACCCCUCAACCUUUUUGUUGGCUUACAUUUCUUUUUUAGCAUACUUUUCAUUACAAUUUUGAGAGAUUAAAGAGGAAACUUGGUUCUUCUCAAGGGUGUAAAUGAUACAUUAGUAUUCCUAAGUUAUUUGGGUUCGAUUCGAAUAAAACUUGAAUUCGGUUUGAUUAUUAUCGAGUCGAGCUAGAGUAGCUCGACUCAUCGAUCGAAUCGAGUUUGAAUAUUUUUAUAUCCGAUUCAAAUAACUCGCGAGCCUAA